GGCGUGAGGGGUAAUGUUGGUUCAUUCAUCCCAAGUCCGCAAACAUCCCAACCCAACAACCAUUGCUCUCGUCUCUUGCACUCUGCAGACUCUGCACUGCAGUGGCCUCUAUAUAUAUAUGUAUGUAUAUGUAUAGAUUCUGGGAAGCAAAAGGCAAAAGGCAUUGUAGGUUGGGGGCUGGCUGAAACUCCUUUGCUUAUCAAUUCCUUUUGUACACAGAGGAGAGGAGAUAGACUGAGAGAUUUAGAUCCCAGGCAGAGCAGUCUGUAACUCGAGUGGCGGAGUGAGAGAGUUGGGAUUAUUUGAUCCCAGGACUAAUACUCCAAUCUGGAGCCGGCACAGGAAGGGAAGCAGCAGCCCCUCAAUCUCAACGGUCAGAUCCGAUACAGAUCGCCUUCGUCGGCUGAACUGCUCGAGGCUCAGACUCUGAUCCAGAACAAUUCUCCACCGUCCGAUCAUUCCCAUUCCCAGCACGACCCCCUAACCGACUACUCCGACAACAAGAUGCUCAAGCGUCCCGGCGGAAGAGGAAUCGGCAUGGGCAAUCCCCAAUACGACUCCUUCUCCGACAAAAUGUACAGAUACAGGAGCGUCCUUCUCGUCAUCUCUGUCCCUCUCCUCCUCCUCACCAUGGUUCUCUACGUUAUGCCCGGCGGCGGCGGAGGCGGCGAGCUGUCCACCACCGUCACCACCAAUCGCAACCACCGCAAGCUGCCUCCCAAGACCUCUUAUGCCGUGAUCUUUGACGCCGGCAGCUCCGGCAGCCGCGUCCACGUUUUCUGCUUUGACCACAACCUCCAGCUUCUCCCCAUCGGCAAGGAUCUCGAGCUCUUCAUUCAGGUCACGCCUGGCUUGAGCGCUUUUGCCAAGGACCCUCGCUCUGCUGCCGAGUCCCUCACCGAGCUUCUCGACAAGGCCGAAAGCGCUGUCCCAAAAGACCUGCGCUCCUUCACUCCCGUCCGCGUUGGGGCUACUGCUGGCUUGAGGGCUUUGGAGGGCGAUGCUUCUGACCGCAUUCUCCAAGCCGUUCGGAAUCUGCUGAAAGAAAGAAGCAGCCUCAACUCCAAACCCGAUUCCGUCACUGUUAUUGAUGGAACUCAAGAGGGUUCCUUCCAGUGGGUGACAAUAAACUAUCUACUAGGAAAUGUUGGGAAGAAGUAUUCAGAUACUGUUGGUGUAGUCGAUCUUGGAGGUGGAUCUGUUCAAAUGGCUUAUGCCAUUUCAGAGGCAGAUGCCGCAAAGGCACCGAGGUUAUCAGAUGGAGAUGAUUCGUAUGUAAGAGAAAUGACUCUUAAAGGAACAAAAUAUAACCUCUAUGUUCACAGUUACUUGCAUUACGGGUUACUAGCAGCUCGAGCAGAGAUUUUAAAGGUUUCUGAUGAUUCCGGCAACCCCUGCAUCUUAGCUGGAUAUGAUGGUUCUUACAAAUAUGGAGGACAAAUUUAUAAAGCGUCGGCUUCCUCAUCUGGAUCAAGUGUUGAGGGGUGCAUGAGGGUAGCUAUGAAGGCACUCAAAGUAAAUGAAGCAACAUGUACCCACAUGAAGUGCACCUUUGGCGGGGUAUGGAACGGUGGAGGAGGGGAUGGACAACGGAACCUUUUUGUAGCUUCAUUUUUCUUUGACAGAGCUGCUGAGGCUGGCUUUGUUAACCGAAACGAACCUGUUGCCAAAGUUCGCCCUGGGAACUUUGAGGAGGCAGCUAAGCGUGCUUGUGAAACUAAACUUGAGGAUGCUAAAUCCGCUUAUCAAGAUGUUAAGGAGGACAAUCUGCCGUUCUUGUGCAUGGAUCUUGUUUACCAAUUUACAUUGCUUGUAAAUGGAUUCGGUCUAGAUCCGUGGCAAGAGAUUACGUUGGUGAAGAAGGUCAAGUAUAAUAACGCCUUGGUUGAAGCAGCAUGGCCACUAGGCAGUGCCAUAGAGGCUGUGUCCUCAUUAUAAUUGCAGGUCGCAUUAUCUGCUAAAUCACCUCUUGCAAAGAAAUUCAGUGGCCUUUUGAGUUUAUGGCGACCGGUGGUCUUUGAGCGGCACGAUUGGUAAUGCUCAGAAGCCGACCUCAUAAACUGAUAUUAGGUUGAUUUGGGAAUUGGAUUUGGUCUAUAUUUUGGGAAUAAUGAGAGAAUAUAGUUUAAUUUGUCUUCAUUUGUAAUUAGUUCAGACUUACAAUUCUUGAGAUAACAAUUUGAUUCAAUUAGUUGUGUUAGUUUUGUCGGCUGAGUAAGCAAAAUGGUAUCACCAUUCGUUCGUGUGUGUGGGGCUGUAAGAGACGGAUUGUUCUUCCUAAUUUAUGUCUACCAUAA